AUGUUUGCGUUGCUUGCUUUUGUUGCUUGUUUAAUAAUUUUCGUGUAUAUUAAAAGACCUCGACUAAGCAAGAAUGAACCUCCACUUGUCCCGUAUACCAUUCCAGUGAUUGGACAUACAUACGAUUUUCUGUUCAAUAGUGACAAGUUUAUUAGGAAAUGUAUAAAAGAGUAUGGAGAACCUUUUAAUGUUAUUGUAUUUGGAAGGGUAACAACUGUUGUAUCCCAACAAUAUUUAUCCGAAGUUUUUAAAGCUCAUGAAAGUUUUGAUACUUUUGAAGUUUUAGAAGAGUUAUUUCCUAUGCACUUGAUCUUAAAUCAUGAUUUAGACUUUAGUUUUCAUGCCAAAACCGUUAGAGAGCAGAUGAGCGGUAAAUUAAAAUAUCAUUUCCAUGAUAUUCAGAAAAAUAUUUUGUAUGGUAUUGAUAAAUGGAUCGGAGAGUCUAAUGGCAAAAAUGGUUGGGACAUAACGAAUCAUAUCGUUGCAAAAUCAGCUGCGCAUACUUGCGAAGCAUCGAAUCAUGAUGAUAUUACUCUCACUUUUACAACAUUAUCUCUUGAAAUAUUUAAAGCCUUUUCAAUCCCUCCGAUUCUUUCUUUCAUUCACCCAAAAUUACAUGGAUAUUUAAUUACGUUACCAUUUUUAAUAGGAUUUAAUCCAAUAGCAAAACACAAAAAAAUUCUCAUAAAUCGUAUCAAACCUGUAGUCGAGAAACGAAUUCAACAAAAACGAGAACUUGGCGAUUUAUAUCAACCGCAUAAUGAUUUGUUAGAAUUUUAUAUGUCAAAUCCGGAUUUUAAUUCAACAAAUGUGGAUUAUCAAAAAUUGGCAAACUUGAUAGCUUUUAUUAUUAUUGCUGGUAUAAUAACCACGGGAAGAAGUGCCACAAGCCUUUUAUAUGGUAUCAUGAACGUUGAUUAUGCGAAUGGACCAGAGUACUGGGAUGAAUUAUAUGAAGAAGCGUUAACAAUUGAUAAGGAAACCAACGGAGAACUUACAAUUGAUGAUGUUGAUAAAAUGAAGAAAUUGGAUAGUUUUGUCAGGGAAUCUCUUCGACAUACGAGUGAUAUAUGUCGACAAGUAUACGAUUUUUCCGAAGGUUGUUUAUUUUCCGAAUCACAAUAUGGACCCAAUCCAAAAUCAUUUAAACCAUUUCAAUUCCUUUCACAAAAUGUAUCGGCUACAAAGGUUGACAAAACUUAUGUAAUCUUUGGCGGAGGUCGUCAUGCAUGUCCUGGUAGAUUUUACGCUGUCAUUACUAUGAAAUUAUUCUUACAUAAAAUCAUGUUAAAAUAUAAAGUUAGAACUGAAAAUGGCGGUGUAGCAAAAAAGAGAUUUUUGGGACCUUUGGCUUUGCCACCUAAAGUCCCUUUGGUGUUUGAAAGGAGGGAGAAAUAA